UGUUGACUGUUAAAUGUUUUGGGUCAUUUUACCAUCCUUUUCUGGAUGAAGAUUGUGCUUUUUUCCCCCCCCUCAUCCCUUGCUGGCUGAAGAUAUUUGCCUUUUUAUGGUGAAAGAGUUUGAUCCCUGAUAGAUAGAUAGAUAGAUGCUGUUGUUCAACCCCAGUCCGGUAGGUGGCGGUAAUACGCCAUGAACACAAUUCAGAGCCAAUGAACGUCAAAGGAGGGAAAAAAAUCCCUUUCUGGAGCUAAACGGGGAGGAAUGGGGCCGGACGCAUGAAGUCACGACUAACUUUGGACAAAGCAGCUCAUAAAACCCCCGUUAACAAUAAUUCUUUGUGCUCAGCUGUGGUUUUGCCACCCAUCCUCUUAUGCAAGAUGACCAUAAUCCUGCGAUUGCAAGGCCUUGACGUGAAGGCAGGUACUGAAGAUAUCAGGGCAUUCUUCAAAUGCUUUCACAUACCUGAUGGUGGAGUGUACAUAGUGGGAGGAAGUCUCAGAGAGGCUUUUAUUGCAUUCACCGCUGAGAAAGAUGCCCAGCUUGCCAUGCGGUACACUGGCACAUUUCUCAAAGGGUCUAGGGUAACUUUGCACAUAAGCAACAUGGAAGAGCUGGAGCACAAGUUGGAGACUUUGUUAAAGAGGAAGAAACCCUCACCCACAAAGCCCAGUGUCAAGAGACCUCCGACGUCUCCAGAUGCAAAUCAGUCUCCUUUGAAAUCACAGACUCCCAAAACUGAAAGUCUACCACCUACUACUGCACAGACCCGUGAUCCCAAUACUCCCAACACAAAUUAUCCACAGCCUGAUUAUCCUGAAACUUCAAGUCUACAAACUUCAAAUGCAAUUGAUUCCAAUACCGCCUUUCUUCUUGGGAUUUGUACAGUUCUACAUGGUCUCCAGUCAUCUCAUCAAGAAGAAAACAAUGAGGCAGUGCCCAUAUUUGAUAUCCCUAAGACUGAAAGCAGAGUUGUGUCUAACGAGGUGAGGUCACCUGAGCAAACUCAAAACUCAAAGCCAGGCUACGUCAGGCUCUUUGGUCUGCCAGCGUCAACCACAAAAGAAGACAUCUGCCGUUUUUUCAGUGGGUUGAUGGUGCAGGAAGCCAUAGUGAAUGUUAAGCUUGGAAUUGGACAUGGCUGCCUUGUGAAGUUUGCAAGUGUGCAGGAUGCACGUGAUGCUCUUCUCUUCAACCAGCAGUCACUGGGCUCCAUCUGUGUGGAAGUACGUGGAGCAACUGAGAAGAUGUGGACCAGUGCGCUGGAAGAAUGUGAAAAUGGUUUGGAUGUUGAGGUGAAACUUAAACAUAGCCCUCUUCAGGAAACCGCAAACCACACACAAUCACACACCUCUGCACUGCAGCUCAAGAGGCAAUCUGUCAAUCAGCUGCCAUUUAAAGCACCAAAAAAGUCAAGACUGGACAGCGACUCAGCUAAUACAUCAUCAACUAUGGAGUACAUUGUCAUGGUCAAAAAUCUACCCAAAACUAUGACAAAAACUGAAAUAAAAGAACUGUUUAGAUGUCCAGACAUGGCACACAAAAACGUAUUGCAUUUGCUUGACAAGGAAAGCAACAGAACAGAUGCAGCUUUUCUUAUUUUUACCCGCACUGAGGAUUAUGACUAUGCAAUGAAUCUCGCUGGCUGCCAUGUGGGCUCUAGCGCCAUUGAGGUCUCAUCAAUCACUAGGAUGAUGAUGAGGGACAUGAUGGCGAGAACCCGUCCCAGAAAUCAUCAACCAGUCACAAAGAAGAAAAUGAAUCGUAAAAGGAAAUCCCAUCCAGUUGAGAUACUAGAAGAAGCACCAGACAAGAACCUGGACCCUGCUGGAACGGCUCAGACAUGCAUGUUUGUGAGGAACAUGCCCGGAAAUGUGCAGAAAAGUCAAAUAAAAAGCUUUUUCUCCAACUUCAGACUUGAACAGGAUAAUAUCAGCUUACUGCUUGACACAGAUGGUGAAGGUAUUGGGGAGGCUGUGAUUCAGUUUAAAUCACCGAAGCUUUCUGCGUUGGCUCAAAGGCUCCAUGGUCGGGACUUCCUGGGGACGAAAGUGCUUCUUACUCGCAUAACUGAGAAGCAGAGGGAGGAAAUCUUGGCAAGAAAUGUUUGAAGAAGUGAAACAUUAUUGCUUCAGAAAAGACAGAUUCUAAGAUCUUUCCACCCUCCCCCCACCAAGUUUGUCUUCCAGCUGUAGUUCUGCUUGAGUGCAUCAGCUUAUUCAGUGUUUACUUGGUACUAAACGUUUUAAUCAUGCACAGUAUCAUUUCCUGACUUUACACCUGUGAACAUUCUGUAAAUAAAAUAAGUUUUUUAUGCCA